AUGGAUUACUCGAUUCAUCUCUCGAAAACUUCCGGGGACCCGUACCAUGAUGCUUCGGUCUAUAGGAGGCUCAUUGGUAAGCUUCAAUACCUUACCAACACCAGGCCAGAUAUUGCCUUUGUGGUUGGUAAGCUGAGCCAAUAUCUGGACUCUCCGACUGUUGAACACCACAAAGUAGCUCUACGGAUACUCCGUUACUUGAAGAACGCUCUAGCCACUGGGUUGUUCUUCCCUCUCACCAUCGAUUUCAAGCUCACGGGGUUCGCUUAUGCUGAUUGGGCGACAUGUCUCGACACUAGGCGGUCUGUCUCGGGAUAUUGUUUCUUUCUUGGCACUACUUUGGUAUCUUGGAAAAGCACCGAGCAACAAAUUGUAUCUCGGUCGUCCUCUGAAGCUGAGUACUGUGCUUUGGCAAACGUUACAUGUGAAGGGCUGUGGCUCCUUCGGAUACUAGAGGUGCUUGGAGUCUCUCACAAAGACCCUUUUUAUUCUUUACAGCGACAGUCAAUCUGCACUACACAUGGCUGCCAAUCCUGUCUUACAUGA